UUUCACCUACCUGUUUGCAGACAGUUGGAUUGAGAUUUUUGAUUUACUGAAACCUGAUUUGAUUGGCAGAGGGUAGUGAGAUUUGUCUUAACUCUCCGCACGCCUCUGUUUCGCACUAACGUUAUCGGAGUCGUGGCUUCGCAAACUUGACAAUGGCUUCUGUAGCCUGCGUAGUGCUGUACAUUUACUAAAGAUCAUCUGAGGUUGUAUUUAGUUUUAGCAAUGCUGGUUCACUAUGCAAUCAUGAUUUCGUUGUGUUAAGAAAGCUUUGGCUCGUUAGUUUUGGAACCAAAGAUAUACAGUGAUCUUCCGUCACACGUUGGAGAGCCUUCGUGCUGGCCACUCUCUUCCAUUUGUAGUGUUGUUUCAGAGCAAGCUAGAUCCUCUGGCUCUCUGUCCUGGUAUGUUCGUCCCAGUUGCUAUGUGCAGAUUGCACGAAUAUAACGCUAUGAAUGGGGCAUGUUCAAUUCAAGGAUAUCAAGUGAGGUGUACGACGUUGCAACUAGAGUUUGUGGAAGCGCUGUGGAAGACAAGGCCAAAGUCCGUUGAAAACCUUGCAAUGAGUCCAAGAAGCUCGAGAAGGUUGUUGGAAGGGUCAGUUUGGAGUAAAGGCACCCUGCGGCAGCAGAUACGACAUCCGAAGGAGAGAUACUGGCAUACAACACCAGAUUCUGCGUCGAACUGCUUGAGUACACUUUACGAAGUUGCUGCAGUGGCUUUGGAUUGUUCAUCGAGACAGGAUUCUGAAGCCUUCAACGAACCAGUUCGCAAGAAAAGGAAAAUUUAUGGCCUUCAGGGAGGAGGAAUGAAAGGAGAAGAGCAAGUCACAAGGGAUCUUUAUCACACGUUCCAGAACGAAGAAUCAACAGAACUUCCUAAUUCUGACGUCGUGCCUCGGAGGAGUACCAGUAAUUCCUCGGAUAGGAUGAAUAUGCACCGGAGCGGUUUCACUUCUGAAGAAGAUGACGAAGGUAACGCUCCAAACGACUCUGCUUUAGCUACUGUUAUAACUGCGGCUGAGCUGUUGACGCAGCUCACAUGCGGUCGAAAUAUGGACACAAAUCGUCAGUCUACAGAAGCUACAUCCUGUCUCACGUAUUCACCGUACACUGGGAAAUCUUCGGAUCAACCAAUUCGAUGGGGAGUCAAGAAGAAGGUAUCGUAUGAGACCAGAAGAAGCAUGGACUCUUGCGAUCUUGGCUUGUGCACCGGCUUGACAAACAAUGUGCCCGAUGAGGAGAAGGCUACUUCUGUUCCUCCAGGUCAUGCCGGACCCGACCAGAAAUUCGAGAAAAAAUUCUACUGCCGGAAUCAAAACUCAAAUAGUUCUGCAAAAAAAUGGAUGCAGUCCUCUCCAAAUUCUCUAGUCUCUUCACGGCAUAACAGACGGUUGGAGCCAUCAGGAGAUCAGAAUAUAUCGAAUUCAGCGCUCAAUUUGCUUUCGGGGGCUACUCAAGUCGCAAGAGAUCAGCAGCAGAACAAAACAUCUUUGACUAGCCGGACAGUCUCAGGAAAUAUUCUUAAGUUACCUAAAGAAAUGCAGGGCCGGUGGUCCAGUGAGAGGUACAAGUCGGCUCAGCUUAAGCUCAUUGAUAUUAUGCAUGCUCGAAAAGCUGUACCGGGGAAACCUAUUCUGAGGCCUGUACUACGGGAGGAAGCCAGAAAACAUAUUGGCGACACUGGACUGCUUGACCACCUGCUGAAACACAUGACAGAUACGAUAGUGAGUACAGGUGAACGAUUCCGUCGCAGGCACAACUCAGAGGGAGCAAUGGAAUAUUGGCUGGAGCAUGCAAGCCUGAUGGAAUUGAGAAAAGAAGCUGGUGUUGAAGAUCCGUCAUGGAUUCCUCCACCAGAGUGGAAGCCUGGUGAUAAGCUCCUUAACAGGAAUUGGAGAAUAAAUCAUGGCAUGACUUCAUCCGAAGCUGCUGAGAUGAGAAGCCUGAAAGAGACGGUUGAGAGGCUGAAUAGUGAAAUGAAGAUUUUAUGUGGGAGCAUCAAAGUGUCCAACCAACAUGGUACGUUGAUCUGUCCAAGUCUGUUUCACGAAAAAAGGUUGGAAAGUGUACCUUUCGGAACAGAAACUGAAGAUGAUUCGAUAAAGGGCAUUAGAAAGGACAUGACUCAUUUUAAAACCGAAUUGACUAAUAUACAACAGCAAUUUCACGAGGAACACAAAUCAUGCAGCGCCAAUCCAACCAUUUCCUCGCACAGAUUUCAAAAACUUGAAAAUGAAUCGCUACAGAUGUUCAAGAGUCGAAAAGCACAAGAAGAUAUUCCAUGUGACAACCAACUUGAUCUUGAAGGGCAGCUACAAGAUGUUCGCAGGACCGUUGCGGUGAUGCAGGCAGAUGUCAGCUGCAUCAUGAACAUCCUCGGUAUCGUGCAACCCAUAAGAUAUCCUUUCGAACCAAGUGCACCUGAAAACGCCUUGUCCUUAGUACUCUCAAGGAGUGAAGAUACCUCUGUCAAACAUGUAAAAGCUCGACCUCAAUCUCCAGGAACUUCGGGGCCAGUGCUUUACGACUUUGACGUAAUCCCAAAGCUCGAUGCUCCAAUAAGACAGUGCACAACUUUGGACGGUGCGCUCAGCAGCAGUAGUGGCUGUAACACAGCGAACAAUGUUGAACCUCACACAGAGGGGCUUUCGCAGGCUGUCACCUGCUACAAACUUGUGGAACAAUCUGGUAAACCAGGGGUUCAUGUUCAAUUUAAUCAAGAGGAGAAUUCCACGGGAAGCAUCGUGACUACACAAGAUUCCUUAUCUUUGAUGGGGGAUAACAAGGAGAAAAGAGUUAAUGUUUUCAACGCACAGAAUUUCCAACCGAUGCUUCAAAGCAAAUCGACCGGAUUCAGAAUCUGUCGCCCACCAGGUAGUCUCAUUUGGCCUAGCAUGUUGAGUUACACUAGAUUUCCUAGCACCUUUCCUACAAUGACCAUGCAAGAGGAUGCAGAGGUGCGCGUUGAAGAUGAAGCUGGUCAUAGUUCAAUAUCGGGAGAACUACUCUCUCCACACAUGGUCUCUGUGAAGAAUCUGAUCUAUUCUCCUAAGUCUAUUACGGAGUCUCAAAUAGCUGCGACUAUGGCGGGAAUGCUUGGGCACACGGCGGUUCACGAAGUUGCCAAGCUGGAAAUGCAAGGACCUCUAGACACUGUCAAAGCCAUCAAUCCGGCUCCUUACUCGAUAUGUCAAGGUUCACAGCAAUCAAGCUGCAAAGUUUUAACCAGCGGCCAUUCGGGAAGCACUGGAGUAGACUUGAGCGCAUCUCCAGAAUCUUGGAGUCGUUUACAUAUCGAUCAAUCCCAGGAAACAAAAUUGCAAAAAGCAACCUCAGUCAGUCCCACUUGUCGCUUGACUCUCAAUUCCCUGCAGCAGAAGCCCGAAAUUAAGGUCACCGAACCCCCACAUCUUUCAUUGCCUAUUCUGCCUCUCAUGACCAUGGGAACCGUGCCGGCUGCAAGGAUCAGCAUAAGUACAGCCAGAAAUCCAGAACAAUGCUCACCAGCCGUGCAAUUUGACCCAGCACUCUCCCUCUCCUUGUCGCUGACAAUGUCACCAAAAAUAUACGAUGUCAAUUCAGAUAUAAUCAAACCGAGGUCCAUCUGACUGGUGAAACUGCUAAUUUUGUGCGUGAGAACAAUCCGUCUUGUUAUUCAGGUUUGGAUAAGCAUCAUCGACUCGAAGCCGGCAUCACAACGUCUUUGCUGUAACAUCUUUGGGUAAUACCUCAUCUCAAAGUGUGGAGGAAGAGGGAAAGCCAGAUUAAACUCCUGUUUAGAGCAACUUCAGCCAGAAGGGCACCCGAUGUCUACAAUUGUCAUUAGGCUGCUCAUCUGCUGUCCUCUAAUUGAUCUGAAUGGUAAUACCCCGUUAUUUUCAAUCUCCUCUGCCCGAACAAUUUUCUUAUGAAGGUCGUGCCACUUGGCCAACUUGACUUGAACCUUGUGACAUUCAUCGAACGGACUGCAUCCUACAGUGAGGUAAUUUGUUGCAACUUGUAAACACUUUCGUAUUCUGACCGAGUUCCAUUUCAUCUUUUAGAGGUAUUUUCUUUUACAAUCGAGAACGUUUUCCAGCAGUUUUGAUUUGGUUGUCCAUACUCUACUGAUAAUCAGGUGUUCAUCGUAUCGAAGAGUAAUUACCUUGUUAAGUUCAUGUUUUGGUCCAAUUUCCUCCCUAGUUGUAGGGAAUAGCUGCGUUAAAAUUUUGAUAUGAUCACUAUGGAUUGUUCUAAUUGAGGGCUGAACAAGAGAUGUGUAAACCUCACAUUUUGAAGCCUCCAUGACAAGCUAAUUGUAAUGUGUAAGUGUUACACAAGGUGUUGGCACGA